UGCAAGAAGGGGCUGUGGGCCGCGCUUUGCCAGGCGGAGACAGGCUGAUCGUGGGGGUCGCUAGCCGCCAGCAUGCCUACGCUGGGAGUGAACAGAGAUGACCUCUUCGAGGCCCUUGGUCACGUCUACACGGAGAAAGAGUUCGACGAGCUUUGCUUCGAGUUCGGCAUCGAGCUGGACGAAGUGACCUCGGAAGCAAUCGAAUUGGAGAAGCAGUCGCAGGGUGGAGGUAGAGCAGGAGGGGCGGGAGCAGCCUCGACCGAUGUAGUGUACAAGAUCGACAUCCCGGCCAACCGGUACGAUCUCCUGUGCAUCGAAGGGCUUGCCAGGGCCCUAAGAGUCUUCUUGGGCAAGGAGGACUCGCCCGUCUUCCGCACCGUUGAGCCUGCCGGGGGCGCGGGCGCGCGGCAAAAGAUGACCGUUGGGUCCGGGGCGGCCAAGAUCCGUCCGUACGUUGUGUGCGCCGUGCUUCGAGGGGUGACUUUCAACUCGAAGAGCUACAAGAGCUUCAUGGAUCUGCAGGACAAGCUGCACCAGAACAUCUGCCGACGCCGCACCCUCGUCGCUAUCGGGGCGCACGACCUCAACACGGUCAAGGGGCCUUUCCGCUACGACGCCGUUCCUCCUUCGGACAUCGACUUCGUGCCGCUUACGCCCAGCGACCAGGGGACGUUCAACGCCAAGGCGCUGUUGGACCUAUACAACACGGACCCUUCCGUGAAGCACCUCAAGCCCUACACACCCAUCAUCUACGAAAGCGAGGUGUACCCUGUCAUCAAGGACGCCAACGGGGACGUCUUGUCGCUGCCCCCGGUCAUCAACGGCCACCUGAGCCGCAUCCGGCUGGAGACGACGGACGUGUUCAUCGAGUGCACCGCCACCGAUCUGACCAAGGCCAACAUCGUCCUCGACACCAUGGUGACCAUGUUCAGCGAGUACUGCGGCGACAAGUUUUCGGUGGAGCCUGUGGACGUUACGUACGACGACAACAGCGGCGACGUGAAGACGACGCCCCUCCUUUCCACCCGGACCGAAAAGGCCUCGGUCGCGGAGAUUUGCUCCAUCAUCGGCGUCGAGAUCGAGGAAGAGGAGAUCUGUCGGCUUUGCACCAAGAUGCAGCUGGGGCCGGCCGAGGUAGUGGAGAUGGGAGAGGAAGAGGGAGGGAAGGGGAUCAAGGUCACGGUGCCGCCGACUCGCAGCGACAUCUUACACCCGGUCGAUGUCGUAGAGGACGUGGCCAUCGCCUACGGUUUCAACAAGAUUCCGACAACGCUGCCCGCCACCCUCACGGUCGGGGGGCACCAGCCGCUGAACAACUUCGGAGACCUCCUGCGGGAAGAGAUCUCCAGGGCCGGGUACACGGAGAUGCUGACGCACGGCCUCUGCUCAAGGGCGGAGAACUUCAAGAUGCUUCGGCGCCAAGAGGAGCCGUGCGUGUCCCUGUCCAACCCCAAGCACGUGGAGUACGAGGUUGUUAGGACCAGCCUGCUACCCGGAGCGUUGAAGACGGCGCAGUUCAACCGCGCGAUGCCUGUGAAGGACGGCGUGCGCCUGUUCGAGAUUUCGGACGUGGUCGUACGCGACGAUUCCUGCGACACCGGGGCCAGAAACUGCCGCCGUCUGGUGGCCACCUACAUGGGGCCCACCGCGGGGUUCGAGAUCAUCCACGGUCUCGUCGACAGAAUUAUGUCGCUCGUUCAGGUGGCGCCUUCGGAAGAAUAUUCCGGGAACGAUCCGCGUGCACGAGUGGGGGGUCCGUGGAGGGAGAACAUGCGCUACCGCAUCGACCCGGUUGACCGCCCCACCUUCUUCCCGGGAAGGUGCGCGGACGUUUUGCUGAUGGUGAAGGACACGGAGGAGGGGGGCUCCGCCGGGUGGAGGGAAAUCAGGCUGGGGUCUUUCGGGAUGCUACACCCGGAGGUGCUCAAGGCCUACGACUUGCGGGAUCCCAGCUCCGCCGUAGAGAUUGAUCUGGAGCCACUCAUGUAACGAUUUGGCAACAGUGUGUGUCGCCAACGUUGUUCGGAGGGCAUUCUCUUUGUCAAGGAACAGGUGGUGUGCUUGUCGGGUUACUGCUGCUGCUGCCUCGCGUUUAUGUGGCGUAUGUUUCGUGAUGGCCUUCUUCACUUCAAACCCAUUGAUGCGUUUUUGGGGGCAGUCGCUUUUUAUGGCUAGUUUUACAAUAGUUCGUUCACCGAAGCCCUGUAUCGAUUUCAGGUAUAAGGCAUCGAAUUACUCUCGUGGUUCACCUGUCCAUCUUGCAAAUUUUUGUGCGUGGGGAAAGCAUAAGCUUUGGCAGUCAACUGGCGUUUUGUGUAUCGAGUUGCAAUUGCUCUUGUAAAGAGAUUUUGCAAUCGAUAUUAGAGUCUGUUCCAUCAUCGUGGCAACAACACUACUUGUGUGCUUUUUGUUCACUUGGUGUGAUCGGUGGGAUUCGCUCGAACGGAACAGUAUGGCUCCCAUUGGUUUUACAGCCUUCUG